ACCCUCGGCUGCUAAAAACAGCUCGAGCACUGCUCUGAACCCCAGCCUGAAACAAUGUCCUCCACCAAAAGAAACGUAAAGGACGCUUGAUUGUACAAUCCUUGGAAUUAUUUCCAGGAAUCACUCGCCGAAACCGUUCGAAGCACGCUUUCCCUGGCAGUGCACACGGGGACGGCCAGGAGAUGAGCGCAUCUUUGAAUUACAAGUCUUUUUCCAAAGAGCAGCAGACCAUGGAUAACUUGGAGAAGCAACUCAUUUGCCCCAUCUGCCUAGAGAUGUUCACAAAGCCCGUGGUCAUUCUUCCCUGCCAGCACAACCUGUGCAGGAAAUGUGCCAGUGACAUUUUCCAGGCCUCUAACCCGUACUUGCCCACAAGAGGAGGCACCACUGUGGCCUCGGGGGGCCGAUUCCGCUGCCCAUCCUGCAGACACGAAGUGGUUUUGGACAGACAUGGGAUAUACGGGCUUCAGAGAAACCUGCUGGUGGAGAAUAUUAUUGACAUCUACAAGCAAGAGUCCACCAGACCAGAGAAGAAGUCCGACCAGCCCAUGUGUGAGGAGCACGAAGACGAGCGCAUCAACAUCUACUGCCUGAACUGCGAAGUCCCCACGUGUUCUCUGUGCAAGGUUUUUGGGGCGCACAAGGAUUGCCAGGUGGCACCCCUCACUCAUGUGUUCCAGAGACAGAAGUCUGAACUCAGCGAUGGCAUUGCUGUCCUUGUGGGGAGCAACGAUCGGGUCCAGGCAGUAAUCAGCCAGCUGGAGGACACCUGUAAAACAAUCGAGGAAUGCUGCAGAAAACAGAAACAGGAACUUUGUGAGAAGUUUGAUUACCUGUACGGCAUCUUGGAGGAGAGGAAGAAUGAAAUGACCCAAGUCAUCACCCGAACCCAAGAGGAGAAGCUGGAGCAUGUCCGUGCUCUCAUCAAAAAGUAUUCUGACCAUUUGGAGAACGUGUCAAAGCUGGUUGAGUCAGGAAUACAGUUCAUGGAUGAGCCAGAAAUGGCAGUGUUUCUGCAGAAUGCCAAAACCCUGUUACAAAAAAUUUCUGAAGCAUCGAAGGCAUUUCAGAUGGAGAAAAUAGAACAUGGUUAUGAGAAUAUGAAUCACUUCACAGUCAACCUUAAUAGAGAAGAAAAAAUAAUACGCGAAAUUGAUUUUUACAGAGAAGAUGAAGAUGAAGAAGAAGGAGAAGAAGGAGAGGGAGAAGGAGAAGGGGAAGAAGAGGGAGUAGAGGUGGAAGAGGUGGAAAGUGUCCGAACAGAGUCAUCAGGAGGAGAUGAAAGUCCGGAGAAGGGCUCGGAGCCCCAGGCUGCCCUGGAGGCACUUCCAGCUUCCUCUCCAGAGCCACCUUCAGCCCUGCCACCUGCUGCAGAUGCCCCAGUGAUACAGGGGGAGGUGGUGCCCACUGGCUCUCAGCAGACCCCAGAGUCUGAAACUCCAGCCCCUGCAGCAACGGACACUGCGGAUCCCUUGUUUUACCCUAGUUGGUAUAAAGGCCAGACCCGGAAAGCCACCGCCAACCCACCUUCCACUGCAGGGAGCGAAGGUCUGGGGCACGUAGGGCCUUCAGGUUCUGAGGAUGCGAAUGUGCAGAAGGCAGAAGUGGCAGAAGCCGCAGCCAGUGAGAGGGCAGCGGUGAGUGGUAAGGAAACUAGUUCACCUGCAGCUACUUCUCAGGAGUUAGCAAUCUGCCUAGCACUUUUGGCUUUUCUUAUACUUCACUACAUCUGGCGUCAGAUUCAGUGCUUGGUUUUUACUCUAAUGGAUCGGAGUUGAGGACCGGCCCCUCCAGGGCCAGGCUGCAGCUGCGGGGAGUGGGAAUGGAGCUGAUUCUGAGCCAGCUCGACAUGUCUUCUCCUUUUCCUGGUUGAACUCCCUGAAUGAAUGAAGUUCAUUCCAACUGCUGCCCCUCUGUCUGCCUGGCUGAGAUGCACACAGGCAGCAGGGAACCAAGAUGAAAAUAAUAUCAUGCCGAUGAUGAAAGGGACCUCUGAACAGGAUUUCUAUAAAAGAUACCUUUUAAUUCCAGAUGACUUAUCUAACACAGUGAGGGAAAACCAUGCUUUGAGAAAAUAGUUGCAGAAGGCAUUAGGAAAAAAAGGGGAACUUGAUCUUAUGCAAAUCUUUAUCGUGUGGGAAACAUUACAAAGGGUGUGUAGGUGUGGUAUGUGUGUGUGUGCGUGUCAGUAAAAGUGGCAAGUGUUGAAAAAAGUCGGCACUACACUCUUGUCUCUGAUAGGCGCUGCCUUUGUUAUGAUAGCAUAGUAGCUCUUAUUCUCUUUCCUCAUCAACAAGGCAGGUGGUCAGUAAAAUUCAGUGUUAAUUCAGAAAUGACCGAUUUAUCAAUAUAUGGACAAAAGGUAAAUCAUCGACCAAAGGCAUGAGACGCUUCACAAAGCUUUCCUCCUUGUGAGAUGUCGCUGGAUGGAUACCUGGAAAUGUUCUUUGACUCUGGUGCCACAUUCUUGGUCCAGAAAGCUAAAGGCCUAGGACAUUUCUUGUGCCAUUUUUCUAAUCUUAGUUUGAGAUAUGUAGAUGUCAAGCACUUUAACUGUAAAAGACUUUUCAACAGGAACUGUCUACUUUCUACCGAGGCACCAAUUUGCUGAGCUGUAGAACAACGGCAUGUAUUUAAAUAUAUAUGUGCAUAUAAUACACACUAUAUGCAUAUAUAUAUGUAUUUAAAUCAUGCUUUAUUUGUCCCACCAUAGUGCCUCCUUCAAAACAUACGUAUUACUCUGUAUGAACUCUUAAAUAAAUGUUGUUUUUAACAACUUA